AUGGAGGUAUUUGGGAUAGAUUUUGAAAUCCUUGCGGAACCAGUUUCUUGGAAAACCAAGAGAAGACUCGUUGAAUUCACCAAGUACAACAAAAAGAUUGAGGCCUUGGAAAAAGAGAUGGCGAGCAUAACAGACAUGGAUGCUGUAUUGGAGUACGAUUUCAGCUCUAAGCAGCUUAGGUGGUAUGAGGAUAAAACAAAUAAUAGCUGUUUUUGGCUUUGGUAUCUGAAUUACGAGUUGGUCAGCAAACCAUCCUCUUCACCUGUCAUCGAAUUCUCUGAAAAGGACCUUAUUCACGUGGCUUUGUGGGCGGCGAAUAAGGCUCAACUUUGGCUGACUGCAUUGGAUUCCGGCCCUCUUUUAGCAUUUGUGGAGGGCCUGGACAAGAAUACCUACGUUCUAUGA